CACUGCAAUAACUCUUCUGCUUCAGGUCAACAGUCUGCGAAAAUAACUGUGGCCGCACAUCACCUCUCCGCGUGCUCUCUGAAUCCAACUCAUCCAGCCAACCCGACGUGAACCAGCUCUAAAAAUCCUGAAGAUUCCAGAGAGGGAUCGGCGAGGACGCAGAUGAUGAUAAAGUGCCUGCUGAGCGUGUGAGUCCUGGCUCGUGCUGGCCAGAUGGCUGAGGUUAAAGUCACGGUGCAAGAGGAUCCAAAUCUGGGCUCCGGUCCAGAUGAGGAUGCCUCUGAAUUGUCAGAUUCUGAGAAUGAUUCAGAUUCUGGGAGUGUGCUGUCAGAUGACUCUGUGCUCCCGGACUAUGAACGGGAAGAUGCCAGUGGAGGCUCUGCCAACACCUUGUACCAAGCCUGUGCCAAGAACAAUGCGGCAGCCCUCCGCCGAGUUCUGGAGAGAGGUGUUACAAGAGAAGAAGUCAUGGAACUAGACAUAAAUGGCAGGAACGGUCUGAUGGUGGCAGUCUCAAAAGGCUUUCUGGAUCUGGUGUACGGACUCGAUCAGUGCCCAUUUCUGGAUAUCAAUCAUCAGGAUAAUGAUGGCAACACUGCACUCAUGAUUGCUGCACAGGCUGGUUUCGUAAUCAUCCUCACCUACAUCCUAAAUUACUUCAGCAGUGUGGACAUGGAGCUCCGGGACAACCGAGGCUUCACCGCACUCCUCAAGGCAGUCAUGCAGGGCAGUGAUGACUGUGUGGCUUCUCUGCUCAUGGCUGGAGCCAAUGUAAAUGUUGUGGAUGCCACAAGGGAGAAGGAUAUACGAGAAUGGGCUCUGAAGACAGGUCGUUUUGAGACAUUAAACAGACUUAGACGGCUGGACAGCAGACCUCAGGCUGAACAAUUCUGUGAAAAAUAUGUAGCAGAGUGGCCAGAACUGAAGGAGCUAGUGGCCAAGGCCACAGCCACAAAAAGCACAGGACAGAAAAUUGCCCAUCGACUGAAAUCCACAUUCACAUUUAGUUUCCCACAUGACCCUCAGGACAAUGGCAUCAUGGACCAUAUGGUGCGCAUAACCACAAGCAUCCACAGUCCCUUGGUGGUAACCGGAUGCCGUCCUCUUUGUCCAUUGAGCCCGCCGGAGAUUGGAAAGAGGCGUCUGGCUGUGCCUGAACUGAUGCAGAUGCACCCUGGGAAAAAGCUUGAGGAACAUGGGAUGCGGCACAGCAAUGGCUCCAUCUCUGUCACAUCUACCUCUGCCACUUCUGUAUCGCUGGGCUCAUGCUGCUCCGACUCAGAGCAGAGAGGCAGCGUACUCUCCCUGGCCUCCAAUGUAGUCCGCAAGCUUGUCCCGCGCAGUAUGGCCCGUCACAAUACUGUGUUCCCCACUGGCUGCGUUCCCCAAAUCAAAGUAACUAAGUCUGGAGAGCCAACGCCCAAGAAGGAGAAAAAGAAAAAGCUAACCAAAGGUUACCUAGAGCCACCGAUAUGGAAGUAUAAGGAGGCUAAAGAGGAGAAGAAAAAAGAGAAGAAAAAGGAAAAAGCAGAACAAGAGAAAAUGGAUAAAAGAGCCAAGAAAAAAGCUACAAAAUAAAUAAGCUCAAAACAUUUUGCCGUGAUACUCUCAGAUUUGUCUGCUAUCAUUCCAGACCUUUAAUUUCUGAGUUAAAGGGAAAUGGAUCUUGCUUUCACAGUCUUUUUAAAUGAAUGGAUAGCAGGGUCAAGGCAGUCUAAAGACAUCUGAUUCAUUUACAUAACCUCAAUACGAUUAAUACCUCUCCAACAACCAGAAGGCCUGUAUUUACACUGUUUCAGGUCUUCUUCUUUAAGCCCACGAUACUUAAUGUGUUUGCUAAGGCCACAUUAUUCAUUGUAAUGGAUCAUUUUACAAAAGACUUUUUAAGCUACACUAUCGUUCAGAAGUUUGUUUUCAGUAUGGUUUAUCAUUUUUAAUGUUUUUGAAAGUCUCGUGUUCACCAAGGCUGCAUGUAUUCAAUACAGUAAAAGCAGAAAUUUUAUGAAAUAUUACAACAUUAAGUGUUUUCUAUUUUGUUUUAAAAUUUACAUUUUCCUGUGAUGGCAAAGCUAAAUUUUCAUUGAUGAAUAAAGGUGUAAGAAAGAGAGAAAGAAAGAAAG